AUGUUAAAUAAUUUUUAUGAAAAAUAUCAUUUUCUAAAACAAACAAAAAUGAAAAAGGCACUGUCUUACAUUUUUGCAAAUAUGUGGUUUAACAGAAGAGAACUGAAUUCUCAUAUCUGCUUUUGCAUUCAGUCUAUUAGCACAAAUCACGUAGUAUUGAAAAACUCCUCAGUACAUUUAGAAAAGGAUAUUAAAAAAACAGCUUGGAUGUUGAGUAUCCUUCCAAGGGCUCAAGGAUUUCCCCAAAUCACAUUUGAGAACCGCUGCUCUAGUCUAAUCUCCCUACUUUACAUUAAGGAUACUGGAUCUCAAGGAGAUUAA